GCGCGGCCCAACGGACCCCCGCAGCCCGGCCUGCCCUCGCUUGGCGGCCGCGACUUCUACGACGUCGCCUUCAAGGUCAUGCUGGUGGGGGACUCAGGCGUGGGGAAGACCUGCUUGCUUGUGCGCUUCAAGGACGGGGCUUUCCUGGCAGGGACCUUCAUCUCCACUGUGGGCAUCGACUUCCGGAACAAAGUUCUGGAUGUGGAUGGCAUGAAGGUGAAGCUGCAGAUCUGGGACACGGCUGGCCAGGAGCGGUUCCGCAGUGUCACCCACGCCUACUACCGCGACGCUCAUGCACUGCUGCUGCUCUAUGAUGUCACCAACAAGGCCUCCUUUGACAAUAUCCAGGCCUGGCUGACCGAGAUCCAGGACUAUGCCCAGCAUGACGCAGUGCUCAUGCUGCUGGGGAACAAGGUGGACUCUGCCCAGGAGCGCGUGGUGAAGAGGGAGGAUGGGGAGAAGCUGGCUAAGCAGCUGUUUGCAGGAGUACGGGCUGCCCUUCAUGGAGACGAGUGCCAAGACCGGCCUCAACGUGGACUUGGCCUUCACAGCCGUAGCCAAGGAGCUGAAGCAGCGCUCCAUGAAGGUCCCCAGUGAGCCACGCUUCCGGCUGCACGACUACGUCCAGAGGGAGGGCCGAGGGGCCUCCUGCUGCAGACCUUGAACCCAACUGGGCACUGCCACUGCACGUCCUCCGGGGGGCCCCUGCUCAGCCCAGCCCCACCGUUCCUGGGAUCGCAGACUGAGCCUUGCCUUUCCCUAGAGCCUCGGUUCCGACAGGCUUCACGGAGCCGGUGGUCUGCGGCCCCCUCCACCUGCUGCCGCCUCAGGGCCCUGCCCCCAAGGCCUCGAUGGAAAAGCAAAAGUGUCCCGUGCAGGGAGCCUGGUCUUGUGGCCAUGGCACUCUGCUGCCCUCUCCUGGACACGCCUGGCUCCAAGGCUGGGCCCCGGUGCCAGCACAGCGUGUACAGUGCCUAACCCCUCAGAAAGCCAUGUCUUCAGCGACGAACGCUCCCCAGGCAGGGAAAGGCCGGCCUCCUGUCCAUGCCCGGGACAGAGGGCUUCGCUGCACAUCCAAUCAUGCAUCUGUGCCCCAAGGACCAGAGCCACCUGCUGCCAACCCACACACUCGGAGACUCUGGUUUGUUCAAACACCAACAGGGUCUUCCUCUCGUGUUACCUUGAGAACGCCAAGUUUGCGGCUUUAUAAUACACGAAUGGCAUGCCGUGGGAAAUCAGUAAAUGUCAGGGAAGCUAGAACUGCCAGCCUAGCUGAGUCCUGGGCAGAGCAAAGUUAACGCAGGAGGCUGGCAGUGAGCUCCAUCUCGUAGGUCGGUUUAGAUUAAGAGUCUUUGUUUUCAGUCUUAGUGAAUAAAGUUGUGUUUUCUGGA